AAUAAUAAGGUUACACCCUCGUGUGGUUUUCUUAGGCUUGGUGUUCUCCGUACAGAUCGACCCAAGGAGGCGAGGAAAGGAUCCUGGAGCUAUGGCUUUCCCCGAGCCAAAGCCGCGGGCCCCGGAGCUGCCGCGGACACGGCUGAAGACGCUGGACUGCGGGCAAGGGGCGGUGCGAGCCGUGCGGUUUAAUGGUGAGCGCCGUCAGGGUCGUUCCGGGUCCUCUUUCCGCCCGCCGAGAUCGGCGGCCCCGCAACCCCUCGGCGGCCACGGCUACGAGGUGCUGGACGCGGCCGGCUCCUUUGACAACAGCAAUCUCUGCUCCGGCGGCGGGGACAAGGCGGUGGUGCUGUGGGAUGUGGCAUCCGGGCAGGUCGUGCGCAAAUUUCGGGGCCACGCAGGGAAGGUGAACACGGUGCAGUUUAACGAAGAGGGCACCGUCAUCCUUUCCGGCUCUAUUGAUUCUAGCAUCCGUUGCUGGGACUGCAGAUCUCGGAAGCCUGAGCCAGUGCAGACGCUGGACGAGGCUCGGGACGGCAUAUCCAGCGUGAAGGUGUCAGACCACGAGGUCUUGGCAGGCUCCGUGGACGGCCGCGUGAGGCGCUAUGACCUGAGGAUGGGGCAGCUCUUCUCAGACUACGUGGGCAGCCCCAUCACCUGCACCUGUUUCAGCCGGGAUGGGCAGUGCACCCUGGUGUCCAGCCUGGACUCCACACUGCGGCUUCUAGACAAAGACACGGGAGAGCUGCUGGGAGAGUACACCGGCCAUAAGAACCAGCAGUACAAGCUGGACUGCUGCCUGAGCGAGCGCGACACGCACGUGGUCAGCUGCUCCGAGGACGGGAAGGUGUACUUCUGGGACCUGGUGGAGGGUGCCCUGGCGCUGGCCCUGCCUGUGGGCCCCAGCGUGGUGCAGUCGCUGGCCUACCACCCCACGGAGCCCUGCCUCCUGACGGCCACCGGGGGCAGCAUCCAGUGUUGGAGGGAAGAGGCCUAUGAGGCAGAGGGUGGGACAGGCUGAAGCCAGGGGCACCCCCAACCAGGACCAAGGACAGAGACCAGACUCAGAAGGGCCGGCUAGACCAUUUAUUCCAGAGACGCUGCUGACCCGGGGGGGGCCGGGCUGGGUCUGCAAACUAAUAAAUAGGGCUGGGGAAGCCUCCCCGGGCCACGGGCGCUCAGUCCUCGUUCUUCU